GCAUGCGUGCAAGUGCUUAGUGCGCGCACUUUACUAGAAGUAUUAGCUUCCACGCAUGAAGUGACGAAGUGACUGUCCUGCUGUCUCCUGCAAUAUGCCGACGGCAGACACGAAUAAGCCGAUUAGUUGGGCCGAUCAGGUCGAGGCUGGCGAGCAAGGUCAACAGAUUCCUGACGGGGAGGUUAUCCAUGAAGGCAACGUAAAGAAAGUCAUUGAGUAUAAGAGAAAUGAUGACGGCAAACUCCUGAAGAUUGUGAGAACUUUUAAAAUUGAAAAGAGAAAAACUUCCAAGACCAUAGCACAGAGAAAGUCCUGGAGUAAGUUUGGUCAGGCAGCGGAUGAUGGCGAGGGACCAAGCAUUACAACCACAGGCAUAGCCGAUGACGUCUUCAUGCAGUUUGUCACUGCCAAAGAUGAUGGAAGCAACCAACAGGAAGACGAUACUCUCAAGAAACUGCAGAGCCAGCGUCUUGUCAUGUGUCGCGUGUGCAAGGGAGACCAUUGGACCACCAAGUGUCCCUACAAGGACUCGCUGGAACCCCUUCAAGAGAAGCUCCUCCAAGGGGGCGGAGCUGAUGGAGCAGAGGGGGCGGAUGAAAAUGCUGAUACUGCUAAGAAACCAGCAGGAACUGGCAAGUACGUCCCCCCAAGUGCUAGAGAUGCAUCAGGUCAGAGGAAAGUCACUCCAAUGGACUCCAAGAGAGACCCAGGAACCACAAUUCGUGUCACCAACCUUUCGGAGGACACACGUGAAUCAGACUUGCAAGAGCUCUUCUACUCGUUUGGUCCCAUUCAGCGUAUAUACCUAGCCAUGGAUAAAAACACUGGACGCUCAAAGGGCUUUGCUUUCAUCAACUUUCACAACAAAGAGAGUGCUGCCAGUGCCAUUCGAGGAGUGUCUGGAUUCGGUUACGAUCACCUAAUCCUGAAAGUGGAAUGGGCCAAACCCUCGGGAAGUGCACAACAUUAACUGGAAAUUCUAAAUGAGCUGCUGAAACCAACAUCCCAGAUACAAGAUAAUACGUGGUUCCAGCUUUCAUUGCCUUAUCUGUCAUGUCCCCUACACAUAAGAAUGUUCUGGUGUCACGUGAAUGAACAAAUUUCUGUAGUAAUUGCAGUUAAAUGUUAGUAAUUUUGAUUUAGUAAUACAACUUGGAAAGAUCUGAAAGUUGUUUAACAUUGCCAUACUUAUGCAGGCCUCUCACUGGGGAGGGGGUGCAUCCACACCCCUACGUGACUAAGUGGUCCGCUUUUGAGGCAAGAAAAGAUUUUGAGCUUAAGUAGAACAUGUUGACCCCCCCUCUAAAUGCCUUGCGCUUCAAUAUUUUCGCAUCGGUCAAUCCCCUCUUCAGGAGUUUACUUAUAACCUCCUAAAACCAUUGGUACGACCCCACAAAUCCUGUUGUUUUUCAAAGUAAAAAAAGCAAAAGGCCUAUGCUGGGUCCACUUUGUUGAGGAUUUGCCCCCCCCCCCACAUUAAGUCCUUGUUUUGGGCCUACUUAGGUAUAAAUCAUGGCCCACAACCACUGUAUGCUCAUGAGGUUCAGAGUAAUUCUUUAAUAAACAGCUUGGACAAUGCUUUCACCGUUAUUGGGGACUUGAGUAUGCACGAUUCACAUACCAAACUUUGUGUGUAAGGCACCUCCCAGGCUACAUAAUAAAUGAAUCAAAUAACAUAAACACAUUAAGAUCUGUACAGUGUGUUUUCUUUGACCACACAGUUUCCCUUUUUUUGUUUAAACAUCAUAUUUAUUGAUAGAGAAUUAAACCAAGUAGAACUAGAAAGGGUAAUUUGGAAAAUCUGAAACACGCAGGCCAGUACAUUUAAUGAUUUUUUCUUAUUUAGAAAGAGAAAUAAUUUAGGCUGUACUCUCAGCCCUUGUUAUAACACGUUAAAGAGACCAGACAAAUUACUUUGUUAUAACGAGGACUUUGUUAUAAAAGGAGUGGAAAGAUGAAGAAAAACACAAGAACUCAAGAAACUGGGAAUCUCAGAAUCUGUGCUUUAUACAUGUAACUGUAUUUUGCUAUAAUGGUGUUCUUUAUGUCGAGUUGACUGUACUCGCUACAUGUACAUGUUUAUGUCCCCUACAGAGGGUUUCCUUGGUGCCAUCUUACUGGCCAGUGCUUUUGUUCCACAGGGUAUGCACAAAGGAGGUUUCUUUUUGAAGCAAAAAACACUGCCCUUCAAGAUGGCUACCAUGCAAAUCCUGUAUUAAAAUUUGAUCUCAAGGUGCAUGGCAGUAAUCCUCAUUUGUAUUAACUUGGUUAUUCUGUUUUAAGAGAGAGAAAGAAAUCAUUUACACGUACACGUGUAUAGAUUUAGCAUUAUCACAUUAUGUGGAUCAGAUCGUAGGUAAUUGCUUUGGCUUCAGUCAGGCAAUAUAAUUAUAUAGCAUCUGCUAGCUCUUCAUUCAGAAUGCAUUAUUGUCACCUUGCUCUUUUGCCAAGAAAAACAUAUGAAGCUGUCCAGCAGGUAAAAAAAAUUCAACUAAAAGAAAUCAGGCCGUCAGUGGCCUGAUGUGGGUUCAUUCAUAUCCACUCUAUUGCUUGUGAACCAUAUUGGGUUUUCUGGUUUUUCUAAUUUAUCUGGAAAGAUCGCUCCCACAAGAAAACCAAACAAAUCCGAAAUGAAACCAAACCAAAACAAAACGGAUAUUAGAGAAACAAUUCUCAGAUACUGUGUAAAUGUUAUAAACUCUGUUACGUUCCCAAAUACUUGUUGAAAUUUCCCAAAUGUUGUACAUGGACUCGUACAAUAAAUGUGAAAUACAUGUACAUGUACUCAGA